AUGGCGGAGGGAAGCAGCAGAGAAAGAGUGUGCCCCUCAGCCCCGGAGGGAAGGCAGCCCACUGCUCACAAGGGACCCUCAGAGGAGAGCUGGGCCAUCCUCCCUCCGGAGCCGGCCCCAGCAGAGGGGAGCCCCUCUGAGAGCAGUGAGAGCGUCUCCCUUGUGACUCAGAUUGCAAACCCUGCCUCUGUGCCUGCUGCGCAGCUACAGACCGGAGCUGUAGAACCAGCUGGGGCUGGAGAGCUCUCCCAGGAGCUGGUGGAGGCCACCUCGGAAGAGCAGAGCUCCCUGCCAAAGCCCCCAGACCCUGCUCGUCCUGCACCUACCCGGGAAUCAGCAGCAUCCUCAGAGCAACCGGCUGCUACCGAGCUCAAAGGGGUGGAGAGCAAAGCCCAGGCCAGGCCAGAGACUCUGAAAGAGGAAGGACCAUCUGAUCUACGAGUCUUCGAGCUGAACUGGGAUAGUGGGAGAUCCACUCCCUCCAACAAUGGCAGGAAAGGCUCCAGCACUGACAUCAGUGAGGACUGGGAAAAGGACUUUGAUUUGGACAUGAGUGAAGAAGAGGUGCAGCUGGCACUCUCGAAGGUGGAAAUGGCCGGGGAGGUGAGUCCAGGGAGGUGCUCCCUCACAUAGGGUUGCAUCCAGAGAGCUGUGACUGCUGCUGCUCUGCCUAUGAGCUAUUGCCUGCAUAGAGCAGCUUCUGGAAGGCGUGAGGUGCUCCCUGAGGACACAGGCUCAGCUUGGGAUGCUGCUGUGGCAGUCACGGGUGUUAGCUGAAGCAGAGAGUGGC